CCAGCACCAUGCAUUGGGUCACCAUCCUCCUCCUCUCUGGGCUCUGUGGGGCCUCCCUGGCCCAGUACAACGAGGAGGAAGACCUGGCGUGGCUGCAGUACUACAUGCGCCAGUCCCGCGUCUCCUCCUACAACUACAUGCCCUACUACGAGGAUGAGAACCCUCCCUACGUGUACUCCUACCCCUCAGCUCCGGACACAGAGCCAGAGCUGGGCCCUGAGCCCCAGCAAACCUCCUCCUGGCAGUGUCCCCAGGAGUGUGACUGUCCCCCGAACUUCUCCUCGGCCAUGUACUGCGACACGCGCAACCUGCGCUACCUUCCCUUCGUGCCCUCGCGCAUGAAGUACGUCUACUUCCAGAACAACCACGUCACUGCCAUCCAGGAGGGAGCCUUCGACAAUGCCACCGAGCUGGAGUGGCUGGCGCUGCACAACAACCAGAUCAGCAGUGAGAAGAUGGGCAAGAGGGUCUUUGGGAAGCUCAGGAACCUGGAGAGGUUGUACAUGAACAACAACAACCUGACCAAGGUGCCCAGCCCACUGCCUCGCUCCCUCAGAGAGCUCCACUUGUCCUACAAUCAGAUCUCCAGGGUCCCCUCCAACGCUCUGGAGGGUCUGGAGAACCUCACCGCCCUGUACCUCAGCCACAACUUCAUUUUUGAGAUGGGAGCAUCCCUCAAAGGGCUCAAGUCCUUGAUCCUUGCUGAUCUGAGCUACAACCACCUCAGGAAAGUCCCUGAUGGGCUCCCAGCAUCCUUGGAACAGCUCUACCUAGAGUACAACUACAUCAACACCAUCCCUGAUGACUAUUUCAAGGUGUCUCCCAGGCUGCUCUAUGUCCGGAUGUCCCACAACAGCCUGACAAAUCAAGGUCUCUCCAGCAACACAUUCAACAGCAGCAGCAUCCUGGAGCUGGACCUGUCCUACAACCGACUCCAGAAGAUCCCUCGAGUCAACACCAACCUCGAGAACCUCUACCUGCAGGGCAACCAAAUCAAUGAGUUCUCCAUCAGCAGUUUCUGCAGCGUGGUGGACGUGGUGAACUACUCGCGGCUGCAGGUGCUGCGGCUGGACGGGAAUG